AAAAUUUGUAACACGUUUAAUUUAACACAAAACCGAAUAUUUUAUUUUGGAAGACAUAAAUUACCCAGAAAUAGUUCACUCAACGUUAAAAUAAACCGAACAUUGGUCCUUCGAGCCGGAUGGUCUCAAGAAGCAAGGAAAUUGGUCAGAAAAGCCGACAAGAAGCAAGUGAGUCCCUUUUUGUCCUUUUAACCUUCAUUACCGUAGUGAGAUCAUAAUCAUUUUGAACUGUAGCUUUGUGGAAUUUAUUGUCUUUAUAGCGAAUUAGGUUUAAACCAGUUUUAAACAAAUACGAUUAAAAACAAACAGCUUAUUAUCGAUAUGACAGAAAUUGAGAGAUUAGUACGGAGACGAGCAGCCUUUAAGGCUCAGAUAACAAUCCUAAACAAUUAUCUAAACGAGUUAGAGGACGAACCUACAAACACAUGGGAUACAUUGGUAAUAUAUUUAAUUUCUAUAAAACUAGAUAAUGAGACAUUAAAGCAUUGGGAGGAAGCAAAAUCUGGUUAUGUAAAUCCAACUUUAGACAAUUUAACCACAUUCUUGAAGCAUCGAGCAGACAUGUUGGAAACAUUGGAACAAAGUAAGAAUUCUAAACGAGUCAUUCCAAGGUCAAAGGGUGACAAUAAAACAAAAGCCUUUGUUGCAUCAAAACCGUACUGUGUAUAUUGCAAAAAGGACCAUUACAUUCAAAAUUGUGAGGCAUUUGUAAGGUUAUCAAUCGAACAAAGACGAACACAAGCAAUGAAGAAUCACUUGUGUCUUAACUGUUUAAGGUUGGGUCAUACAAGUAAAAUGUGCUAUGCAAGUUCCUGUAAAACCUGUAAUGCUCGACAUAAUACCUUAUUACAUGAAGAACGAGUAUCCAGUUCAGAAAACGAACAGACAGUUAAUUUAUCAUCACAUAUUAAUUUUAAUGGAGAUCAGGUACUUCUUUCAACAGCAUUACUAAAGAUUUUUGAUAAAAAUGGGAAAUGUCAUGUAGCACGGGCACUUUUAGACUCAGGUUCUCAAAGUAGUUUUAUAACCGAAGACUUUUGUAAUAAGUUACAGUUUGAUGUAAUACCAACCAAGAUAACAGUAAGUGGUUUGAGUGAAGCUCAAUCUAAUGUGUCAGGAAAGAUUUCUAUACAAGUACAUUCUAAGACAAUAUUAAAUUGGCAGAUCCUCAUUUUUAUAAGCCAGAGAGAGUUGAUGUGCUUUUAGGAGCUGACUGUUUCUGGAACCUUAUGUGUGUUGGACAAAUCAAGUUAAAUAAUGGAUUAUUAUUACAAAAGGGUAAAUUAGGUUGGGUUAUUGCAGGACGUAUGCAGUCAAAUCCUUGUACCACGACAAUACGUAAUUUUUCUAAAGCUAAUGACAUUGACAAGCAGCUCACUCGUUUCUGCGAAUUAGAAGAGUUUCGACACUCCAAACCACUGUCAAACGAAGAAAAAUUGUGUGAAGAAGAAUUUGUAAGGACUUUCAAACGUGACAGUGAAGGACGCUUUGUAGUAACUAUUCCUCUAAAACAAGGUCCUGAAGUCCUAGGCGAUAAAUACGAUAUAGCAAAACCAAGGUUUUUAUCUCUAGAACGAAGAUUUAAACGAGAUCCUGAAUUCAAGAAACGUUAUAUCAAUUUUAUUAACGAGUAUAAAAAUAUGAAACAUAUGUCCAAGAUAGAACAUCCAGAUAAUGCAACUUUUAGUUAUUACAUGCCCCAUCAUGGCGUUAUAAAAGAAUCAAGUUUGACUACCAAGUUACGGGUAGUAUUUGAUGCUUCAUGUCCAAGUAGUAGUGGAUAUUCUUUUAACGAUUUGCAACUUGUUGGACCUACAAUCCAGUCAG